GGCUCAGGGUCAAGGGCCCAGGGGCUGAGUUUAGGGGUUGAGACUCACCAUGGCACGCAUCUGAGUCCUUCAACAGAUACCGCUGCUGCUGAAGAAGGCAACAACACCUCGAAGAGAAAUGGCUGA